AUGGCGACCAACUUCCCAACUGACCAGGCCAUUGUCGUCGGCGGCGGUCUGGCUGGCGUCUCAGCUGCCAACACCAUUGUCGAGUGCGGCGGACGCGUAGUGCUGCUUGACAAGUCGUCCUUCUGCGGAGGCAAUUCUACGAAGGCGACCAGCGGGAUCAACGGUUCCGACACGAAGUCGCAGAGGGCGAAGGGCAUCCAGGACAGCAAGGAGCUUUUCACCUCGGACACGCUGAAGGGCGGGGCCAAGAAGCCCGAGUUGGUCGAGGUGCUCUGCGGCAACAGCGGCGCGGACGUGGAGUGGCUGAUGGACUCGUUCGAUCUGGACCUGUCGCUGCUGGCGCGGCUCGGCGGCCACUCGGCACCAAGGACGCACCGUGGGGCCGAGCGGUUCCCCGGGAUGACCAUCACCUACGCCCUGAUCCAGAUGCUCGAGAAGCUCAGCGAGCGCACGGACCUGGCGCGCAUCAUCACCAAGGCGUACGUGAAGGAGCUGCUCACUGACGGGAACGGCCGCUGCGUCGGCACCCUGUACACGAAGGGCGGCGAGACCUUCCGCGAGCACGGCCCGGUGAUCCUGUGCACGGGCGGCUUCGGUGCCGACUUCUCGGGGAGCGGCUUCCUUGCGCAGUACCGCCCCGACCUGCUGCACCUGCCCACGACCAACGGCGAGCACUGCACCGGUGACGGCAUUCGCAUGGGCCAGGCAGCGAUCAGUAGGUUGGCGGACCUCGAGUGGGUCCAGGUGCACCCGACCGGCCUGGUGAAGCCGGACGAUCCGGACGCGAAGAUCAAGUUCUUGGCGGCGGAGGCGCUCAGGGGCGUCGGAGGGCUCAUCUUUGACGCCAACGGCAAGCGGUUCGCCAACGAGUUGGGCAGGCGCGACUACGUCACCGGCGAGAUGUGGAAGAACAAGCCUCCCUUCCGCUUAGCGUUGAACAAGAAUGCUUCCGAUGAGAUCUUGGAGCAUUACACGGGCCGCGGCGUGAUGAAGUUCUACGAGAACGGGGCGGCGCUGGCCAAGGACAUGGGUGUGCCGCUGCAGACCCUCGUCGACUCCCACGAUCAGCACUACCAGGCCUCGCAGAAGAUGGCCAAGGACCCCGAGGGCGGCUCGUGGCCCGCAUACCCCUCUGGCAAGUCGUGGGACGAGCCCAGCGGCAAGACCGGCUCUGGCAAGAAGUUCUACCACAAUGUCAUUCCCGGCUCUCAGGUCGCCACCGAGCCGUUCUACGUGGCGAUCAUCACGCCGGUGAUCCACUAUUGCAUGGGUGGCCUGGAGAUCGACGCCAAGUCGCGCGUCCUCAAGCCUGCGGGCGUCAUCGAGGGCCUCUAUGCCGCCGGGGAGCUCGCGGGCGGCGUGCACGGCAACAACCGCCUGGGUGGCAACUCGCUGCUGGACUGCGUGGUCUUCGGCCGCGUGCCCGCCGCUCGGGGCCCCCCCCCGCCCCAUGCUCGGCGGCGACGUGAAGAAGGUGGACCUGAAGGAGCUGGCGGCGAGGAAGCCCAUCCGGGCGUCCGCGGGCGAGGCGCCCGCCGCGGCCGCGGAGAAGCCCGCGGCGGGCCACGUCAAGGUGGACGUCCCAUGGUACCCGCAGGAGGCCCCGCCGGCGGUGGCGGACGGCAACUGGGCCUUCUUCCGCAAGGGGGACGCCGACGCGAGGGCGAAGAAAAUGUUCCUGGCGGCGAUCGCAGCCUCGUUCACGAUCAGCUGGAGCGUGCUUCACUUCGGUGGGUACGGUGGCUUCACCGUCCAUCAUUGAGCGGACGUAGUUAG